AUGUCUAAUAAGCCUACACCCUGUUUUGAACCAAGUUGUACAGAAUAUAAAAUAAAAUACGACAAUUGCUUUAAUAAAUGGUAUAGUGAGGUAUUUUUAAACAAAAAAGCAGAAGGUGGUAACGAUAUUUGUACAGAAGAAUGGAAAUUAUAUAAAUCAUGUAUAGAUAAAGCAUUAGAGAAUAAGCCUGCUAUUAAAAAAUCUAUAGAAAAGGCAAGACUAGAAAACCCAUUUGAGCAAGAAUCAACGCAAGGAAAAGAAUAA